GCAUCAUGUCCAGUCGAGGUGGGAAGAAGAAGAUCACCAAGACGUCCAGGUCUGCUAAGGCUGGCGUGAUCUUCCCUGUGGGACGGAUGCUGCGCUACAUUAGAAGAGGGCUUCCCAAAUACAGGAUCGGUGUUGGAGCUCCGGUCUACAUGGCUGCAGUGCUGGAGUACCUGACAGCGGAAAUCCUGGAGCUGGCAGGCAACGCAGCCAGAGACAACAAGAAGGGCCGCGUCACACCCAGACACAUUUUACUAGCCAUCGCCAAUGAUGAGGAGCUUCAUCAGUUGCUCAGGGGCGUCACCAUCGCUGCCGGAGGGGUUUUACCCAACAUCCACCCAGAGCUGCUCUCUAAGAAGAGAGGGUCCAAAGCAAAGCUCGAAGCCGUCAUCACUCCUCCACCAGCGAAGAGGCCCAAGACCGCCAAGAAAGCAGCUCUCAAGAAACUGGCCACCAAAAAGUCCUCAAGAGUAAAGAGACGGACGGCGACGGCCAAAGCUACAGACGGCAGCACUACAGCAGGUGACCCGGCCGAUGGCUUCACUGUCCUCUCCUCCAAAAGCCUGUUUCUCGGCCAGAAGCUCAAUCUCAUUCACAGUCAGAUCACUAACCUGGCAGCCUUUGACGUGGAAGGGGUUAUCAACCCCACCAAUGCUGACUUUGACCUUAAAGGUGAUUUAGGCGGCGCUCUCGAGAAGAUCGGAGGAAAGGAGUUUGCGGAGGCGGUUCUGGAGCUACGCAAGAGCAACGGCCCUCUGGAGGUGGCAGGAGCGGCCUUGACCUCAGGGUACGGUCUUCCUGCUAAGUUUGUCAUCCACUGUAACAGUCCAGGCUGGGGCUCAGAUAAAUGUGAGGAGAUGCUGGACAAGACGGUGAAGAACUGUCUGGCUCUCGCUGACGAGAAGAAGCUCAAAUCCGUGGCCUUCCCUUCCAUCGGCAGCGGCAGAAACGGUUUUCCCAAGCAGACGGCCGCUCAGCUCAUUCUGAAGGCCAUCUCCAGCUACUUCGUGACCACCAUGUCCUCCUCCAUCAAGACUGUGUACUUCGUGCUGUUUGACAGCGAGAGCAUCGGGAUCUACGUGCAGGAAAUGGCCAAACUCGAUGCCAACUGAAGCACAAAAUCCUCUGGAAUAAUUCUUAUUUUAUGCUUGAUGAUGAAGGUUGGGGGGGUGAGACAUAUUUUUGGUACUUUGUUCUAAUAUCAAAGGUUUGGAGUCUUUUAUUUGAUUUUUAACAGAGGGGUUGGUUUAGUUUUUUUGACUGCUACAUAAUACAUGCUGCAUAAUUUUGUCUCAUUUGUUCUGUUGUUUCUGUGUAUCACAAUGUUAAAAUGCAUCUACAAUAAUUGAAAACAAUAUAUAUAUAUAUAUAUCUCUAUA